CUUCCCGCGCGUCCCCGUGAGACGUCACAAACGCGCGCCGGAAGUGGCGUGCGGCUAAUCAGUGGCGCCUUCACCGGCCAGCGCCGGAAGGUGCUCUACGUCAUUGGCGUCCCGCCGGAAGCGGGUGUGUCGGGCCGCAGCGCGGUGCGGCGGAGGCUGAGCCCGGACCCCGCCAUGGCGGCUCCGCCCGCCCCGCCCCCCGCUGGGGGGGCCCCAGCCCCGGGACCCGGCCCCGCGGGGGGGCGCCGCGGCUGGGGGGGGCCCAAGAGUGGGGAGGAGCGACUGAAAGAGAUGGAGGCGGAGAUGGCGCUGUUUGAGCAGGAGGUGCUGGGGGCCCCUGUCUCCCUGCCCUCCGGGGCCCCGGUGGUGGAGGCCGUCCCAGUAGCUCUGACAGUGCCAGCUGUGCCCACGGUGCCCCCAGUCCCAGUGAUCCGGCCCAUCAUCGCCACCAACACCUACCAGCAGGUCCAGCAGAGCUUAGAAGCCCGAGCGGCUGCCGCAGCCACCGUCGUAGCCCCCAUCGUGGCCCCCCCGGUACCGUUCGUGGGACCAGUGAACUUCAGCGCUGGCGAGAGGUGCCGGAUCGACAGCCCCGAGAACCGAAGCCCCCUCUUCAUCCGCAGGGCAGCCGGUGCUCCCAGGCCCCUGGCGAUGCGUCCGCCUCACCACCCAGCCAUGGUGGGGCCCCCCAUGCCCGGUCCCCAGGGCCCACAGAUGAUGAUGGGACCCCCCAUGCAGAGGCCCCCUGGCCCGCUCAUGGGGCCCAUAGGGCCGAUGAGAACUGGCCCACCGGUGGGACCCGGGGUCCCCAUCGGCCCGAUCACUCCUCUGAUGUCGGUUCCCCGCCCCCCCGUCGUGGCAGCUCCGAAGAUAAACCCCAUGGUGAUCCAGGCAGCUCCCACAGUGUACUCCGCACCGCCAGUGAAAAAGCAGGAGGAGGAGCUGCGGGAGCAGCCCCCGCCAGUUGUGGUGGAAGAGAAGGAGCCGGGGGGGCUGGAGGAGGCUGUGAUUGGCCCCAGCAUGCCUGAGGUGGAGCCUGUGAUGCCAGAGGCCAGGGCGCUGCCUGCACUGCGUGGGCCUGAACUGGGGCCCAUACGGGGGCGGCGGCCCCGGGGCCCUGAACCUGGAUUUGCACCAAUGGAGCCCGUGGUGGAACCCGUGGUCGAGGACAAGAAGAAAAGCAGGCAGGAAAAGCUGAAGCGCUGCAUCCGCACGGCCGCCGGGAGCUGCUGGGAGGACUCCAGCCUGCUGGAGUGGGACUCAGAUGACUUCCGGAUCUUCUGCGGGGACCUGGGCAAUGAGGUGAACGACGACAUCCUGGCCCGGGCCUUCAGCCGCUACCCAUCCUUCCUCAAGGCCAAGGUGAUCCGGGACAAGCGCACCGGCAAGACCAAGGGCUACGGGUUUGUCAGCUUCAAGGACCCCAACGACUACGUCCGCGCCAUGCGCGAGAUGAACGGUAAAUACGUGGGCAGCCGCCCCAUCAAGCUGCGCAAGAGCAUGUGGAAGGAUCGCAACAUCGAUGUGGUGCGCAAGAAGCAGAAAGAGAAGAAGAAACUUGGACUGAGAUAGCCGGGGGGGAGGAUCCUGCCAGCCCGGGCCCCCGCCCUGGGGCCCCCAGCAGACGCCAGGCAGACUUGGCCCCCGCCUGCCCUGGGGGCUUUGGUGCUGGGUGGCCAGCUUCCUUGCCCCGUUCCAUCUGUCUUGUAUGACAGCUCCUGGCCCAGGGCAGAUUCCUCCAUGGACUCUCCAGUGCCCCCUUGGGUGCUGCCCGGGGGUACCGGUGCCCAUGGGGGUUGGGCGUGUGUGUAAUGCUCCCCCCAGGCCAGGGACUCCACUCUAAUAAAUGUUCUUUUUUUUUUUCUUUUGUA